CGUGCUUACAGCCCUCGUCACCCACCUUCCGCGGCACCGAGAGGGUCGGCAGCAGGGCCCAGCCUAGCAGAGGGCAGGGUGUGGAGGUGGCGGCGCCAGGAAGCAAACUGGUUCCGAUGCAAGGAGAACGAUGAGAUUUGGUUGCCUUUCCUUCCGACAGCCCUACGCAGGAUUGGUUUUAAACAAAGUCAAAACAGUGGAGACGCGCUGGCGUCCGUUGCUAGCAGCUUACAAGAACUGCACCGUUGCUGUUCAUAUAGCUGUCCAGGACUGGCAAGAUGAAACUUGGAGAGAAAUUCUGUUGAAUAGGUUUGACAUGACAACAAAACAAGUGCAGGAUUUGUUGGAUAAAGGGGAAAGAUUUGGCAGAGGAGUUAUUGCAGGACUAGUUGACAUUGGAGAGACCUCAUUAUAUCCAGAAAACUUGCCUCCUGAAAAGAUCCUUGAGCUGGAAGACAAAGCUGUUCUCAGGAAUCUAGAACAGAAAUACUUGACUGUUAUUUCUAAUCCACGAUGGCUCCUGGAACCAAUUCGUGCCAGAGGGAGACAAGGCAUGUGGCAGGUGGACAUCCCUGAAGAACUGAUCCCUUCAGAAGCAUAGCUGUUGCUCCCAUUAUUUUUUCUGCCUAAAUGCACACUUGUAAUUCACCAUUCAACAUUUUGAAGAUCAGUGAGUUGUUUAGGAUUCCCUUCCAAAACUAGUUUGAAACAAAAUACAGCAGUACUUUUUUUUUGAGAAGAAAAAAAACCAAGAUGGGAUUUUCAUGAUCAUUACUGGAAACUUUUGAUAGUUUAGUGCAUUUUGCAUAUUAAAGGCUUUUUCUUUUUCAAAAAAGAAAUAUGGUUGAGAGAUCAUGUGCCAA